CACCUCGAUUAUCCUGUAGAAAAACCAAGAAAGGUGAAAGUUCGGCUUUAUGAUCCACAUUUGUUGCUUUCCAUGAACGUACUUGGCACUUUACCCUGCUAAAGCGGGUAGCUAUCUGCAGUGGGACACCGGAAGAUAUUCAGACCUCCCACUUGUGUUUAAACUGAUUAUUCUCUCUGUUCUACUCUGUUCUCUCUUUUUGGAAUUAUUCUCAAAAAAGAAACAUUUCUUUUCCCAACAGUCUUUCUGAAUUGCAUAACAGCCAUCUGUUGACUAUCGCAUACUCACAUGUGAAGAUGGAGCAGCUGCUAAAUGUCUUAAAUUGGAGUAACCAGUUGUCACCUGAGACCAGUCUCUGUGGACCACAUUACCAUGGCACCACCUUCACUUGAUACCAGAAGUGACUUCUUGUCUCACAGUGGAGCCAUUCAGCAGGCGAUGUGCAUGAGGACUGAGCACAGAGAUGAACUGGCCCUCCAUCUGCUCAGCAUGUUUCUUAAAAACUUCAGUCAGCUGAAUGGGAGGAAGUGGCACAAAAAAGGGUGUUCAAACAUGAAUGUACAAAAUCUCUGCUGCAACACGAGAUGUCUAAAACAGAUGUCUUGUGUUAGACGAACAAGUUUGUCCCCGUUGUCCUCAUUUAUGAUAUUGACUGUCCUCGCCGUGUUUCUCAAAACAAAUGUGACAGGAGCAAUGAAAGUGACCUCCAGUGGACCACAGACUAUGCAGAUGGCUCAAGGGGAACCUGUUACACUAGACUGCACCUACACGUCAAGUUCAGCAGACAUUGGCGAGCUUGACAUUGAGUGGUCAGUUGUCAGUCCAGACACCACAAAAAAGGACCAAAUGAUCAUAUCAUAUACAGGUGGAAGGAGAUAUACCCAUGGUGACCCUGCUUUAAUGGAAGGUGUGGACUUCACAGCUGUAGACCCAUCCCAGGGAGAUGCAUCUCUAUCUAUCACCUCGCUGAUGGUCAGCCAUGCUGGAACGUAUCAGUGCAAAGUUAAAAAGACACCUGGGGUGGACAGUCGGAAAAUAUUGCUGAUUGUGAUGGUGAGCCCGUCCGUGCCGAAGUGUUGGGUUGAUGGUGGUGAAGCCGUGGGCGAGGCAGCAUCUCUCCGCUGCAGAUCGGAUCAAGGCUCCACACCUCUGCUGUAUUCAUGGAGGAGAGAGAGCGGAGGUCCCAUUCCUCCAGACGCCAUUCAGAACUCCCUCACAGGAGAACUUCUAAUCAGUAACCACUCUUUAAGCCACUCCGGUGUCUAUUCCUGCGAAGUUUCCAAUGCCGUUGGGAAAAAGAGCUGUCGGCUUAACCUUCAAGCUGUGAAGCCUCCUAACAGAGCGGGGGUCAUCACAGGCACCGUUGUUGGAUGUUUACUGCUCAUCAUGAUCGUCCUGCUCAUUAUCUGGCUUCUCGUCUUCAGAUGUAACUGGAAUCGACAGGAGAAAGAGUUCUCCAAUGAGAUUAGAGAGGAUGCUCUUGCACCUGAGAGCCGUCCUACCAGCCGAAUCUCCAGCUUCCGUUCAGGUGUGGCCUACAGCCAGGUGGGCCAAAACCAAACUGAGCAUCCACCCUCCACUAACACCAGCUACAGCACCGCAAAGUAUGACAGCAGAUUUGGCUAUGCUGUAUGAGAAGUCAUAUUAUACUGAAGAUUGUCAUUGGUCUGCAGUUAAAGGUACACUAUAUAACUAUUUGCCCUCUAGUGGUGAAAAACAAAAACGCAUGCAUUUUGUGGAAGAACGUCGUUUAGGUUGUGCUUCGCUCUGCGUGACUGUGCGGGUGACUAUGGCCCUUCACAAUAUAUAAUGCUUUACAAUGCCGUUUGGUCUAAAAUAUAAACACUUAUAAUAGGCUUACCAUAGUGAAUAAGGGUAAGAUUUUUUAAUUUUUUUUUUUUUUUUUUUUUUUUUUUUACAAAAUAGUUACAUAGUGUACCUUUAAUAAAAGAGGUGAGCUUUUAUUUGACUCUUAGAAGAAAAAGUUCUACAUAGAACCUUAAAGGAUUCUGUCUGAUGCAUCACACAUUGAACAUAUAUCGAAUAUUUAGUUUUAAUUAAUUCAUUUUAUUUUAAUUACAUUUUAUGAAUUAAAAACAUGCUUUAUCACAAGAAAAAAAUAAAUAACAUGUUAAACAUGAAAGUAUGUCAAUCAUUUAAGACAUUUAUCCUUAUAUAGAACCUUUUUGGACUAAACUGUUCAUUAAAAUUGAGUCAAGAGCCUAGGGUUCUCUAUAGAUCCCCAUUUCUUUUCUAAGUUGAUUUGAUCAUGUUGCAAGAUACAAUAUGGAAUCAAAAUGUUAUGUCUUGUAAUUGUGUAACAUUCAAUGUAAUAAAGUUUAAUAUAAGAGAAGGAUACAUUAUGCCUCAGAUUAAUGAUGCAAAAUCAGAUCUCAUGUAAAAUGAUAUUGGUAGAGCUCACAAGGCUUAAAUUCAAUAUUUUUGUAAGGAGCAUCCAUUAUUGAUUUUGUUUGUUUGUUUGUUUGUUUUUUGUUAAUAUUAAGUAAAUAAAUGUAUAAAUUGCAAGUUUUUUAUGAGAUUUGAAUGUUGAUGUUAAUGACAAAAAUGUAAUUAAAAAGCCAUUUAAAUGUAAUGACACAAAAAAGUCUAAUUUGACGUAUAAACUGAAUUCUCUUUAUUAUUAAGUGUUUUUAUUUGAUAAAAAAAUGUUUGUUUUGCUGUAGUUGUUUUCUUCAGGAGUUCUGUUAGUACUGUUAAGAUUUGCAAAUGUUAUACUGAAAGGCUAAUGUUGUUAUAAAUGUUUUAAACUGAACUAAGAAUUUUAAACAAUUACUUGUAUGUUGAAUUUGCAAUAAAAUUGUAUAAAAUGAA